AUGAAGAAGACGUCUCAACAAAAUGGAGUCGUGGAGUGGAUGACUAGAACUCUCAUGGAGCGUGAGAGGUGCAUGGGGAUUCAUGAUGGCUUGCCCGAGGCAUUUUGGGCUGAGGCGGUUAUCCAGGCUUCCUAUUUGAUUAACCAGUCUUUAUCGAAGUAUAUCGAUUUCAAGUGUGCAAAAGAGUAUUUGGAUGUAGUGCCUAUGAUCUCAUACCUAGUGACGAGAACCAAGUUGAAACCAAAGUCUCUUGAGUGCAUAUUCCUCGGCUUUGAGAACAGUGUGAAAGGUUUCAAGUUAUGGGAUCCAGUGAACUGGAAGAAAAUACUCAGUAUUGAUGUUGUGUUUGAUGAAAAGACCAUGUCUAUGAUCAAAGUCAAGAAAUUGGAGGUGAAUGAUGAUGUUGUUGGAACAAAGACAACCGUUACAAUUUCACCAAGUAUGAGGGUGUUCGGGGAUACUCCAAGUAUGCAGUCAAUUGAAAACGUUCAUGAGGUGGUGGAGUCUGAUACUGAGGUGAAAGAAUUUGGGAAACAACAAUAA